AUGAUUGGGGUGCAGAUGAUAUCACUAGAACCUGUGUUUUGUUCAGACCACAAGUCGGAGAACCAGCCAGGGAGGGAGGAUCUUCUCUUGGAACUUCAGAAUCUGAGUGACCACCACCUCAUCACCACCACAGCCAACCUCCAACUCAGAGAACAGAACCAACACCUGCAGCAGAACAACACCUGGCUUAUGGAACAGAGCACACAGCUCAACCAAACAUCUGCCCGCCUCACGAUCAAGAACCGGGCCUUGUCCUCAGCCAUCGUCCAACUUCAGGACCAACAGACCAGACAAACCUCAUCCUACGACACACUGCUCCGAGACCACGGACAGAUGGUGGUGUACAUCGCGGCUCUAGAAAACAUGAGCAUGACCUCGUCCCAGACCAUCUCCUCUCUGCUCCUCAGUACCUCGGAGCUGGAAGCCCAAAUGCUCAACUUAUCCGACAGCAACACCUUUCUACGGGAGGAGCUGAUUCAUGCCAACGACCAAAGGGAAGAACUUGUGCAACUAAACUCCGAACUCGGCGCACAAAUCGAGAACCUCACCGCGAGGAUUGCAGAGGAAGAUGCGAUCCUCAGGGGAGAUGGUGAGGCACAACCGGAGGUCGAAGACUCCAUCAUCGCCGAGCUGCAAGAACGGAACCGCAACCUGAGCGCCCUGCUGGGGCGAGAUGCGAGGGGGAAAGAGACGGGCAGAACCGGGGAGAGGGAGUCCAUGUUGGUGGAAUUACGCGCAAAGGAGGAAGAAUAUCGCUCUCUGGACCGCUACUGCCCCGUCGUCAAUAGUAAUACAAAUGAGCGGGUAUGUAACAACUGUCCUGAGGACUGGCGGCUUUUCCAGACCACGUGCUACUACUUCUCGUCCCGCACGCUCACCUGGCCGGCCAGCAGGGCCUGGUGCCGGACACAAGGGGGCGACCUCCUGGUCGUGAACACCAAGCAGGAGCAGUCUUUUGUUGUGGCUGCCAGUCGGAGGCCCGAGCAGAGGGUAGCCAGGCUGUGGAUCGGGGUCUCAGACACCGAGGAGGAGGGCCGGUGGGUGUGGGUGGACGGUAGCCUCCUCUCCCCAUAUCUGCAGUUCUGGCUGAUCCGAGCCGGCACCGGAACAGAACCCGAUGAUUGGAGCUCUGAGAACCCUCAUGGAGAAGACUGCGGACACAUUGACAACAAAGAGGAAGAUCUAUCCUCCUGGAUGGAUGGCUCUUGUGAUUAUAAAUACCGGUGGAUUUGUGAGAAGAGUGUUUGAUGUUAGGGGACUUUUGUGGGCUUUGCAUCCAAAGGUUGAAACCUACAAGGUGAUUUUUUGUUAUAGAAAGAUUAACAGAAAAUUGCCUGACUCAUGUCUAUGGGUAAUUAUUCAACUUAAAAUGAGAUUGGGAAAGGCUUUUCCACAGUUUAAUAGAUAUGGCAAAAGAUUCAAUUCUCCGAAUAUAUUUGGAGCCAAACCGCCUUUAUCAAAAAAAACAAAAAUAAUCCUCAUCUGUGAAUUUAACUAUUUAGAUGGUACUUUCUAGUUUUGUAGGUAGUAGUUACUUUCUUUAGGUUUGAGUUUUUAAACAACUGAAAAAUAAAUCCUGUUAUGUUGACUGGAAUACAUGGUAUACACUGUUCAACAAUACAAACUCUACCCCUGAAACCUGUGUGGGUCAAACGUCCCUGGCCAUGUUUACUGUGUAUUUGUUAUUCAAUCAUCCCAUUGGCUUAUCAGAGGUGACGGCUGACCAUUUAAA